AUGUCGGCUAAUGCGCCGCCGCCGAGUCCAAGUCAAAGUAGCGAAGCGAACGACGAAGCGAAUUUUAAUCUGCAAGGACCUCCCCCGGUCUCGCGGAUAUGGGAAGGUCGAGCUUGGGCGCUGGAGGUCGUUCAGCAGCCGAUUCGCGCUCGCAUGUGUGGAUUUGGUGACAAGGAUCGCCGUCCCAUAUCGCCUCCGCCAUGUAUCAGACUGAUAAUAUUCGAUCCGAGGACAGGGGAGGAGAUUGACUAUGCGAAAGUCUCUGAUCUGUCGAGGCUCGUCUUGAACGUUGAUUUGUGGAAUCUCCAGGGCUCACGAGAGGAUAACUGUGUGAAGCAUAACACCACCUCGCCAUCCAUUUCAUCAGUCGUCACAACCGUAUAUCCCCCAACCGUCACGGGGCCUACACCUGCCACGGCCGCACCACUCCCAACUUACAACGUCGCAAAUCUUCCAGCGUACGCAUCUCAAACAUAUGCUUCGCCAACGACGAGCGCUCCUCCCUCCUCUUCAUCAGCAUUCAAUAACGAAGAUCCCCGGGGAUAUAGCAAUGGCGGGUCCAGCUUCGGCCAGAGAAAUCCGUCUUACCCGCCAUAUCCGCAGUAUCAGAACGGGUAUGACCCGACCUACAACUCGCGUGCUUCCACGGGUGGUUCGAUCUCUUCUGGAAGCCAGCUACGCUCUGCCCGCUCCUCCCAAGACCUGUCCGGACCUAAAGACACUCAGAUCGCCAAGAACCUCAUCGGCAGCGCGUCAUCAAGUGCCUUCAGGUUGGUUGACAACAAGGGAAAGGUCGGCCUGUGGUUUGUUCUUCAAGACCUCAGCGUCCGCACCGAAGGCUGGUUCCGGUUGAAGAUGAACUUCUUCAACCUGUCGGAGUUCUGUCUCACCGAAGGGGACAGCAAUGGCAGUCUCCAGAACCCUGAGCUUUUCAGCGAGGCGCCGUGUCUGGCAACGGCUUUCAGUCGGCCCUUCAAGGUUUACAGUGCCAAGAAGUUUCCCGGCGUGAUCGAAACCACCGAUCUGAACCGACAGUUCGCCAAACAAGGCAUUAAAAUCCCCAUCCGAAAGGUCGAUGGAAACAGUAGCAAGAAGAGAAAGGGUGGCGGUGACGAUGACGAUGAAGACGGCUUGGAUGAGGAAGACUAG